AUAUUUAUACAUUUCUAUCUUUUCUUUUCUUUUCUUUUUCAUUAACCAUGCUUCAAGACAUUAAGAAUAGAUUUAAACGCUCAACACCUUCAUUAAGAUCAAUAGAAAGGGAAAAAGCUUCUCUUCCUCAGUACAGUGCUUCCACGCCAGUCUUAAAUACAAUGGCACCUACUCCACCUCGUCAUAUCGUUUCGCCCAUAUCCGCACGAAAGCUCGAAAAAUCACCUGUCAACGCGAGCAGUAGUAGUAGCAGCAGCAUUAGUAGAAGUAAUAGUAGUAUACAAUUAAAUGAAUCUCAUACUCAACACAAUCGAACGAGCCAAAGCUCAGCUACUUCUAGUUCCACUAGUCUCUCUAUGCCCCCAACUCCACCUAUGACAGGACAAAAACCUCUUCGAUACCCCUCCAAUGUUAGUUUACCCAUCUCCUUCAACAGUGAUUACCUUAUGAACCAUAGCCAUCUUAAACCCGGCAAUAAUGCUGAACUUUUAUCUUAUGACAAAACCAUUAAUAUGUACCGAGAAAAUGCCAAAAAAACCAAUGACCCUAAUCUUCAAUGCGAUCUCGCCAUUUUUAUCUAUGAAUCAUGUAAAAGGAACCAAACUGCCUACAUGGCAGAAGCAGUCAAGAUGCUCAAGACACUCGCAUUACGUGGCCAUGCUGAAUCUCAGUACUAUCUCGCUAAUAUCUAUGCAUCCGGAGCCCUGCACAAAUCUGGUGAACCUAACUUUAAUAACGCAUUUCCUUUAUUUUUACAAGCUGCCAAACAUCAGCACUCAGAUGCUGCCUACCGUGCUGCUAAAUGUUAUGAAGACGGAUUAGGUUGUCUCAAAAAUAAGUCAAAAGCUGCACAAUAUUACAAACUCGCAUCUACAUUAAAUCAUCCUGGCGCAAUGUAUAGACUAGGCAUUGCAGCUAUUCAUGGCGAUCUUGGCUUACAACGUAACGUAAGAGAAGGUAACAAAUGGCUUAAAAGAUCUGCCGAAUCAGCUACACCCGAAUAUCCUCAUGCACUUCAUGAAUUUGGCCUAUUGCACGAAAAGGGAUUGGAUGGUAUCAUUUUUAAAGAUCACACUUAUUCCGUCAAACUAUACAAAAGAGCAGCUGAACUAGGCUAUUCACCUUCUGCUUAUCGACUUGGUCAAUGUUAUGAGUAUGGCUACCUAGGUUGUCAAAAGAGUGUAGCUACUAGUAUAUCGUAUUAUCAUAUAGCUGCAAGCCAAGGGCAUCCUGAAGCGUGUCUUAUUCUCUCUGCUUGGUAUUUAGCAGGUGAUCCUCCACAGUUGGCACCUUCUGAAGACAAGGCGUUUUAUUGGGCCAAGAUAGCAGCUGAGAAGGGGUUGCCCAAGGCUGAGUUUGCUUUAGGUUAUUAUGCUCAAGCUGGUAUUGGUAGACCUCAAGACCCCCAAGAGGCCAUUGCUUGGUAUCAAAAAGCAGCCGAACAUGGACAUAAAGAAGCACAAAAGAGACUAGAAGACUUGAACAAGGCACCAAAGAACAGCACUCCAUUAGUGCCAUCUUUAGUUGCAUAA